CUAAAACAACGUCAUGCUUUUACGAAAAUUAAUUUCGUUUACCAAAGGACUGGAAGAUCCUGAACAUCCUUUAUUGGGUCCAAAUUUAAGAGGACUUUAUUGGUGUGGCUUUUGGCGGGACGCUAACAAAAUUCGUAACAUGUGUUCUGACGUUGCAAUACUUUCUGCACAAUUUUUCAUUGUCAGCGAAAUAAUUGAGAUAUAUUGUUUGAGAAAUGAUGUAAAUAAGAUGCUAAGUAAUAUAUCGGUGACUAUUUUAAGUAUAAUAUCCGCAUCAAAAGCUAUAGACUUUGUUAUCAAUCAAAAGAAAUGGAAAGAAUUAGUAAACCUGAUCUCAGCGCAAGAAAUCUCAGAUUUAAUUGAAAUGGACAACGAUACACUUAGAGAAAUGGCAAACUAUAAAAAAUAUGCUAGAACAGUGACGUUCACAUAUUGGGUACUGGUUUUCAUAACUAAUCUCGGAAUGAUAGUAACACCACUCUUUAAAUAUGCAUCUGCUAUUUGUAAUAAGGAUAUAGAUAGUUCUGAACUGUAUCCUGAAAUAAUCAACUCUUGGUUUCCAUUUGAUAAAACUAAAAGACCUGGAUAUAUUAUAGCGGGUGCUAUACAUAUAUUUAUGUCUACUUACGGAGCCGCCACUGUUGGAGUUUGUGAUAUGUUUGCUAUUACGAUUCUGGCUUUUAUCAAAGGUCAAUUGAUAAUUUUAAGGAAGAGAUGUAUGAAAAUUUUUGACCGUAAUCGCUAUUCGGAGGAAAAAAUCUUGAAGACAAUCAAAAAUUGUCAUUGGCGUCAUGAUAAUUUAUUAAGGAUCUACAAAUUAUUCAAUUCACUGUUGUCACCAGUCAUGUACGUCUAUGUAUUGAUUUGUUCAGUAAUGAUUUGCUGCAAUGUGGUUCAAUUCACGUCGAGCGACAUAACAAUAUCUCAGAAGCUGUGGAUUUUUCAAUACACUUUUUAUCUCGUCUCCCAAUUGUUUUUAUUUUGCUGGCACAGUAAUGAAGUAAUAAUUGAAAGUAAAGACGUGGAUCGAGGAGUAUAUACAAGUGAUUGGUGGAAAAGUGAUCUAAACAUACGGAAGCAAAUUCUACUGCUAGGUGGAAAAUUAAAAAGUGAAUUUAUAAUGAAUGCUGGACCUUUCACUAUAUUAUCAAUACCUACCUUUAUAGAUGCAGAAAAUCUGUGA